UUCCAUUUCCAAUUGUGAUCCCUAUUCGCCCGCUAACAGUCCGAUCCCGAAGCAGAGAUAACCUAAGCCGACAACAACAUGAGUGGCGACCAAACCCAACCCACCAACGCCAAACCCGACGAAAUCCACGCCCCAACCCAAACCCCAAACACCAAACCAGAAGAUUCUCAUUCUCAGUCUCACACCCCAACCCAAACCACAAACACCAAACCAGAAGAUUCUCAUCCUCAGCCUCAGUCUCAGUCUCAGUCUCAGUCUCACACCCCCGAUUACGCUCCCUAUCCUAAACUCGACCCCGACGACGUCGUUCCACCUCCUCAACAACCCCUCGAAUCUCGUGCCCCCAUUUCCACCGAUGCUGCCACCACCAUGCCCCACGAAUCCAACCCCUACGUCUCUCCUGCGCCCGUCCCUGCCCCCACAUCUGCCAAGAGUACUCUGGAUUCCGUCAAAGAUGUUCUCGGCAAAUGGGGAAAGAAAGCCGCCGAAGCUACCAAGAAGGCCGAGGAUCUCGCCGGCAAUAUGUGGCAGCACUUGAAAACGGGUCCCAGUUUUGCUGAUGCUGCUGUGGGGAGGAUUGCUCAGGGGACUAAGGUUCUUGCAGAAGGUGGGUACGAGAAGAUCUUUAGACAAACUUUUGAGACUGUUCCUGAGGAGCAACUUCUCAAAACCUAUGCCUGCUAUCUUUCCACCUCCGCUGGACCUGUCAUGGGUGUUUUGUAUUUGUCAACGGCUAAGCUCGCUUUUUGUAGUGAUAACCCUCUCUCUUACCAAGUCGGUGACCAGACUCAAUGGAGCUAUUAUAAGGUGGUCAUUCCGUUACAUCAGCUGAGAGCAGUGAACCCAUCAACAAGUAGAACCAACGCAUCAGAAAAGUAUAUACAGAUUAUCUCUGUUGACAACCAUGAAUUUUGGUUUAUGGGCUUUGUGCACUAUGACAGUGCUGUUAAAAAUAUUCAAGGAGCAUUGCAGCCUCAGUGACACACAUGGAAUUGAAAAGCACGAUGUAUUAUACCAAAGGUGCAAAGAUGAGGUUUGUGUUGAUAAAUCAUCCUUCACAGAAACAUUUUAAGUGUUUUAUCUUUGUAUGGUAGUCCGCAAGUUUAGUCUGUGGAGCUUUUAUAGUGUUAAAACUGAAACUCUUUCAGUGUUCAUGAUAUAUUUGUUUUACCCGUGUGGACAUCAUAUUACUUUCUGAAAGUGAAAAUCAAUUGAUUUGUUGUAAGUUGAGUGAAUAUAGAUGGUGAAGUUACUUUUUAAUCUCUUUAAUUUUCUCUCUUUCUUUUCAACUAGGAACCCCCAU